CUUUCCUGGUGUCCACUUCGCCAUGGCGCUGGUCUUCCUGCAGCGCGUGGAGCUCACGCUUUUUGCUGCCGCCUUCCUGUGCGGGGCCGUGGUGACCGCGACGCUAACCCGGACCCAGACCUCCUUCAGUGGUAGCUGUCCCUUGUAUGGUGUGGCUGCCCUAAAUGGCUCCUCUCUGGCCUUGUCAUGUCCCUCAGCCUCAUCGGUCUGCCACUUUGUGGUUUGGGUUUCUGGCCUCUUGGCCCUCUACUGCCUCCUGCUUCUGCUCUACUGGAUCUACAGCAGCUACAUCGAGGAGUCCCACAGAAGUUCAGUAGGGCUUUGCGUUGCCCUGGGCAUCUCAGCCACAGCCACCUUCCUGAUCUUAGUAUCUGCCUGUAUCCUUCGGUUUGGUACCAGUUCUCUCUGCAGUUCCAUCACCGCCUUGAACAGAACAAAUAGCUGCUCUGAAGCCCAGAAAAUGUCAUGGACACCCCCUGGAACUGCUCUGCAGUUUUACGCUAACCUACAGACCGCUGAAACCUCUUCUUGGGUGAAUCUGGUGUUGUGGUGUUUGAUCUUGAUGCUCCAGGUCAUACAGUUCAAGUCUAAAGCCACCUUAUAUAUCAGCUCACAUACCCGAUACUGGCCUCAGGAGAGGGCUGACUCCAAGGAUGUCUCCGAGACAGAUGCUCUUGUUGGGUAACUCAAGUCUCAUUCCUGAAUAACCAGAGUGCUUUCUGCCGUCUCCACCCAGCCUUGUCUAUGCCCUCCAGGAGGGAAACAUUAGAACAGGCCCCCUCCACUUUGUUUUCCUGCAGCUUUUUUUUUGGAUAAAAACAAUGUAUUACUGUCUUCAUCUUCA